GAGAAUUCUCGGAUCAACGGAGAAAAAGAGACUCCUACUAAUAAGUAAUAGGCAUAGGCUAGUUUGUUAGCCACUAGUGUUACAAAAUAAUCAAAUUCUGAGUGAAUUUAAUUCAGAUACUUUUGUUUUAUUACCGAAAUGCUCAACUUUUUCUUUUACUGUCACCGAACUUAACCCGCGGUUCCUUUCACUUUCUUACUCAUACUCAUAGUUUCAGUUUCUAGUUCUAUUUAACUAUUACUAACUAUUAUUAGUAUUAUUAGACCUUAUUAUUGAUUAUUGCCUUGCCUUUUUACUUUAAAUUUUAAAAAAAUUGUCAAUCAUCAAGGCGCCUGUAACUGUUUAAUUAUCGUCUGCCUGGUGUUUUUAGUGUUAGGCCUAGGCUGUUAGCUGUUACUAGUAGUAGUAGUAGUUACUCUGGUAAUAAUAAAUAAAGUCAAUUAUUAAUAUAAUAGUAAAAGAUUUUAGAGAUAGAUUAUAAAAAUGCCUAUUUUAUUUUAGGCCGGCACUACAUCAUACACCGAGGCGUUGUACCUAAUGAAACUAUUUACAUUUGCCUGCAUACACCGCCGCGGUGUACCUAGCUAAAUCAUUGUCUGUGGCCUGCGUACACCGCAUCGAUUUAAAGUAGCAAAACCAUGGUCUUUGCGAGUCUUUAACUUUUUGGCCUAACUGGUACUUGUAGAUAUACUCUUGUUAAAACUGAAAACUAUUUAUUUAAAAAUCGUUUAGUUCCUUGGGAGGAAGAUAUUGAGUAAGUUCCACGCUUGUGUGGCAAAGUACUUAGAUCAUUUCUUAUUAAAUUGGAAAGGAAGGGGCUGGGGGUGUAAUGUUAAACCAUGAUUUAUGUUUAAAGUUAGCCACUUUAUCCCCCACCCCCCAAUAUAUUGAAAUAAAAAUAUAUUUAUUAACUGUUGUAAGUUUUAUCCUAUGAUUGUGAAUCUUAAUAGGCAUAAAAAGGGUAGCUAAUUUGAAAUUUAGUCGUCCCCCCCCCCCAGUUUUUUUUUUUUAGGGUUGGGGCAUUAUAAUUAUAACAUUGUAAGCGAUUGUCAACAAAAAACAACAGUAUAAUGAUCAAUAAGAAACACUGUCAAAUGUCUUUUAACAAUAAUUAAAUAUCAUUGAAUUAUUUUUACAUUGGCAUCACACAUUAGUAAAAAGUGCCGGCGGACAUCAGACCCCCCCCCCCCUCCGCGUUGGGGGGGUGCAAAAGGUAAGUUUGUUAUGCGGACGUCCUUUGAGGACAACCUCUAUCCAGAGCCGUGAUUUGGGUAGGUCCCCUUUUUGGUUAAGCCUCUGCCCAUAAUUCACCUCCACCCCCCCCCCACCCCCCCCACCCCCGGCAAGGAUCGAUUUCUUAACAAAAAACAACAAAUAAAAAACUUUGAAUUAGCCCAAAUCCUGUCCCAAGCGCAUUGUGCAAUGGUUUCUGUGAGAAAACGUCAUGUUUUACCCUGAGAAUAGCACAUGCCAUGCCAUUUUGGAAAAAAAUUCCGUCAUAAACAGGGAAAACGCAGAUCUGCUUUGCUAUACAGUUUGCUACCGCGCCGUAAGUUUCUAAAAUCGUGGUGUUUUCAAAAGAUUUGCUGUGAGACUGAGGGUUGUGAAUGAACUGUUGAUAUUGUGUGUACAUUUUGUACAUUGUACACGACCGUGUACAUUAAUAUUCAUAUGAUACUAUUGAUAUACUGAUAUUUUCUUUGGGUGUUCAUAAAAGUAAAAUGAAAAUAUUCAACUACACGAAGAAUGUUGAAAUACAAUAAAAUAUCACUUAGUAUUCAAAAUGUUUCUCUUAUACAUGUUACAUACACUAUAAAUGUGCACGAGAAACUUUCAGAAAAUAUUUUAAAACUACUCAUGAAACUACUGUUGCAAAUGAAAAUGAUAAUUUAAAUAUAAAAUAUUUUUAAUUAAAAUGAGAAGAAAAAAAAACUUGAUUCCCUACUGGGAAUUGAUCUCAAAAUAUAAUAUCGCCAAGCGUCCACUCUACUACUUAACCAUAAAUAUGUUCUCCAACAGGCAUAUCUUAAAACCAGGCCAAUGGUACAUUUUUGCCACGGUGCACCCAGGCCAAAGUCCACGAUUUCGCUAGGUACAGGUCCGCGUUUUACGCAGGCCAAAGCCGAUGGUUUCGCUAGGUACACCGCCGCGGUCUUGGCAUCCACUUCGUUUAUUUUAAUGGCAUAACCUAUUAAAAGUUUAAGUUUUUAAUAAUUAGUCUAAGUUAGCGUAGCAACUUAGUUAGUGCAUCUUACUAAUCAUUCACUCAUUCAUUAAUUAAUUAGUAUUAGGGCUAGGCUAUUAAUUUUUUUUUCUUUUAUAUAUAUAUAAGAAUGAGCUAGAGUGACAUAAUGCCAAAGGGGUGAUACGAUUUAAGUACGUUCGGAAUACUAAAUACAAUCAUAGUUAUUUUCUAUUAUUUUACGGAAAUCGAAUAAAUUUAAAUGCGCAAAAAAUAUUUUAAAACCGCUUUUAUUUUAGUAAGUUUAAAUAUUAUUAUUAUAAAUUACAAAUACAUCUAAAGUAUCAACUAAGGAACUAAGCAUUUUAUAUGUGUUUGAAAGUUAUGCAAAAAUAAAAAAAUUAAAAAAAUCAUGAUCAAAGAAUUUCACCGUAACCACAUUUAUCGGGAAACCCAAGCAUCAGUCAUUUUUAAUGCAUCUGUUAGUGCGUUGUUAAUAUUGUGAAAUACAAUUAAAAUUAAUUUGUUCUAAAUAUCACACAAAUGAGUCAUAACCAAUACCCUAUUUCGCCAAAACUCUUAGGUUUCUUUAGAUUUAAUAACCGCGCAUGGCAAAACAUAUAAUGUAUUUGCCCUUCUUAAAAGUAAAAUUAAUAAAUAAAAUUGAUUGCUUUUAUAAUUGUUAAUAAAACACACACACAUUUUUGCUUUGUAUAUUUUUACAUUUAAAAAGUUUUGCCUUUUUUGAUUCCAAAGAUAUACUUUUAUUAAAUUUAUAAUGUAAUAAAAACUAACCUUUAAAUAUAAUUCUAAUAAGAAAAUGUGGUUUUAGUCAAUCAGUACAGCGUAAUUUCAUAGCUAAAUAGCAUUCACGAACCAUAUGAAGUGCAAAAUAUGUUAGUUUGGAUAUGGAAGUGACUACAAUUCGGUGGAAGAUUUUCUAAAUUUAUUUAAAUCUGGGUGGGGGAGGGGUUGGUCACUUUGCCCCAAGCAGCACAAGAUAUGUCUCAAAAUAAAGGAAUGAAUUUGAUAAAUAAUUAAUCUUCUUGGGUACAUACAUUUCGGUGGUAGGAAAUAGGAUGUGUACAUUUUUACGUGGAUGGCAAUAUAUUUAAAUCCUAUGGUAUUACAUUUGUGAAAAAAGGGAUGCUACAUUCUCUUUUUAUAAAUAUGUGUACGUUCAUUUUGUCCAAGGCAGCACAAAAUACGUCUCAAAAUGAAGGAAUGAUUUUGAUAAAUAAUUAACCUUCUUGCGUACAUACAUAUCGGCGGUAGGAAAUAGGAUGUGUACAUUUUUACGUGGAUGGUAAUAUAUUUAAAUCCUAUGGUAUUACAUUUGUGAAAAAAGGGAUGUUAAAUUCUCUUUUUACAAAUAAACAUAUGUUUAUCAAUUAAGGAAAUCAAUGGCGUUAACAAAUUGUGGGUACAUUUAUAUAUAAGUAAAUCCAUAAAUAUCAAAACUCAAUCAUUUUACACACUUGAAAAUUAAAUUUUGACAAAUGAAGAUGGAUUAAUAUUUUUAAAAAAAAAAUAAAAAAAUAUUUUUGUUGUUACUUUGCAAAAAGUAAAGAUGUGUGUAUUUUUAUGAGAUUAACAAUUUAAUUUUUUAAAAGACAGUCAAAUCUGAUAUAGGUGUGAAAAAUGGUUGCGAUUCUACUUAGAUAAAAGAAUUCUGUUUUACGAUUUUCUAAUAAUGUAUAAUUUUUUUUAAAAAGGCAAAAAUGUGUUAAAAUUUUUCAUGAUGAUAUCAAAUUCCUGUAAUACAAAAUAUAUUUAUAUCAUAUAUAGAGUUUUUGUUGUAAAUUUAAGAUUAUGUUUUUUUUUAAUUUUGAGAGAAAAAAAGUUGUAAUUCAAGUGUACGAAAAGGGGUAGAUCUAAAAUAUUUCUCCAGCGUAGUAAGUGUCCCUCAAUUAACUUCUUUAGUGGUAAAAGUUAUAUAAUUAGUGAUAAUUUAGACUGGGUAAUUUAAGGUCAUGUUUAGAGCGGGAAACUUAGUUUAGAAGCGUGAAAUGGUGUGGGGUACGCGUCUCAUAGGCCUAUAUAGCAGAUAAAUAUUUCUCAAAACUUAAUGAUGUUAGAAACGUAAAUAUCAAUACAUUUUAAAAGUUAGGAAUUGGAAUGCAAUAGCAGUUAGAAAUUAUUGCAAAGGACCUUCCAUUAUUAUCCCGAUCACAUCGGGUCAUUUACUCUAGUUUUCAAUAAUAUAAUAUUAAUGCAUAAUUUGUUGGUAAAUUCAGGCUGUCUGCGCCAUGGUGUUUCCCACAGCUGCCAUCUUGGUUGCCAUGACACUGUUCAUGGCAAUCUAGGCGGCUGCUGUGUAAAAAACUCACCUCCGGUAAAAUGGGGAGGGGAAAGGUAGAGAAUGUGUUGUGUGACUGUUGUGAUGUGUCUGUCCUUCCAUUGAACAUUUGACCAGUCUAGAAUUAUGUUUAGAUAUUGGUAGGUGUCCAUAUGGGGCUUAUUUUUAGGUAGGGCUUGUAUUAUGACUUAUAUUAUUAUCCUAAAAAACAUGAUGGGGCUUACUUUCCAGGUAGGCCUUAUUUUUGGAGAGAAAAACUUUAGUACAAUGUUCAAAGCAAGAACAUAGAUACCUUCUUGACCUAAGUAAAUUGCUUAUUCCUUGUAAAAUAAAAAUGUAGCUUGUAGCGACCCUCAAACUUAGUCUUAAGUAAUUCUGAAAGAAAAAAUGUAAUUUUAUUAGAAUAUUAUUAAUUUCAUGAUGUGCAUUGUAUAGCACAGACAGUAUAGUUCAUGGCAGUAGUAGUUUAGUUGUAUUAGUUAGUGUUUAAUACUUAGGCCUAUAUUAUAACUAUAUAUUCAUAUAUAUUAUUAUAAGUUGGACUUUUAAAUUCACAUUAUUAUCAGUCGUUUUAAAUUCAUUUUAUUUUGUAUAAGAAUAGUAGAAAUAAAGCUGGUUAUCAACACAGAAAGUAAAUUCAACAAUUGAGUAAAUCCUUGGCGAAGUCAUUAAAUUCUUCAACUCAUCUAAUAGUCUACUGUGUAGGGGCCUAUACAUUCUUUUAGUCAGUGUUUUAGUUAUCACUAGAGGUUAAAUAAGAUGAUCGUGCGACAUUAUCACACAUUACAGUCUGACUCAAAAAAACUGAGACCCACUUUAAUUUUCGGAAUAUCUUUAAUUAAAUCUCUCUCCAUAACCAAAGGAGUUAUUGGGUACAACAAUUUUUUUUAAAUUUGCUUUCCUUAAAGUCGAAGUUUUUUUAAAUCAUAGACGUAUAGUAUUUGUCUAUUAUCCAAACUAACUGUUUCAUAUAAACGACCACUCUCACUUAAAUGUUGUGUUAAAGAAGUUUUUGCAUUAAAUGCAAUAUAUUUAAAUAUACUUAAACUAUAUAUAUAUGGUACUUUUGUGUACAGCAUUUAUCAGCAGUGGUAUAUCAGGAAAAGCUGAUUGAGUAAAAUAACUGUUAUUGACUGGAAUUUCAUUUUUGUGAAAAGAGAUCUUUUUAAAAAAUAGAUGAUUGGCACUUAGAAUAAAAUCCUAGGUUAUUUUGUCUUUGCAGCCAUGUAUUCAAUGAAAUAGAUUAAUUAAAAAGUUUGUUUAUCACUGUAUCCUAGUCUGGUCACUGCCUGUAUCUGCUGUAUCAUACAUAUUUAGAUUCUACCUGGAUUGUGGGUUCAGAAUUAUUUCGCAGUGUAGUAUGAAAAUUCUACUUUCCGUUUGUGUUGUAUAUAAUAAUAAUUUUCAAAAAAAAAAGAGUGCAUUUCAGAUAACCAAUGUUCUGAGGAUACCUGCUUGAUGUGACUUUCAAAACUAUUAAUAGGAGCCACUUGUUGAUAUUUUUUAUGUUCCACACCAUAUCUUUAGGGACAGAAAAUUAAAUAUAUUCAAUUGUUAUUUACUUUUAUAUCAUAAAAUCAGGAGUCUGAACAGAUAUUAAGUAGUACAAUAAAAAAAAGCAUAAAAAACCUUCUCACUUGCUGUGAUUUUACCAAAAAAAUUGUUCACAAUGUGAUUUCAGUGGCAAAUUUAAUAAAGCUAUUUUUUAGGCAAUAAAUUGGAUUGUCUAACUGUACCCACAGUUCACAUGACCAAAAGCCACACAAGAGCCACAUUUGCCCACGUCUGUAAUAUGCAAUAUCAGACUUUCUUAGUAGUUGGAGCCACUGUUGAUAUUUUAAAAUUAAAAGAUAUCCCUAGGACUUUGUCUUCAAACUAUAAAAUUCAAUAAUUGCAAUGUUUAAAAUUGUAACUGUUGAAGCCAUUGAUGCAGUUGAAAUGUUUGUAUUUUAAUUUUUAUCUCCAGUUUUCCUAAAAAAUCAUGGCAAUACUUUACAGGGGCUAUGUUACUCAUGUCAUAGAUCCAAGUAGCUUCUGGAUACGAAUAGGAACAUGUAAGAGUUAUUUCUAAUAAAUAAAAUUAUUAUACACAUUUAAGAUGCAAUUUUCGAUGCAUAGUUUUUGCAGUAUAAUUUUACUAGAAACAAAUCAUCAAGCAUGUUUAUGAAUAUAAAUGCACCAAUAAUCUUAAUUGUUACAUUAUGGAUAGUAGGUAAAGAAAAAAGUACUCUCUCAAGAUAAUGAAUAUAGGUAUAAAUAAACAUGACUCAUCCAUAAUGCUUCAGUUAUUUUUUCAUAAUUUCCAAGGAAGAAAUAAAUAAGUGAAUUUUCUCAAUUAUUUUUCAAUGUUAAUAAUCAUUUAUGUGUUUAUUAUAUGUUUUUCAUUUAUAAAUAUGAUUUUGUUGUUAUUAUUUAGCCAUGGAUUUUAAAGAAUUCAGUCAAUACGAAGAAACACUUGACCAGUUUAUGAACGAAAUUGCAAAAGAUGAGGUCAAUGAACAAAAUAUCUCCCAAGGAGAUAAGGUCAUGGUCAUUUCAUCAGAUCUUCAACACUGGCAGAGAGCACAGGUUACCAGAAUGUAAGUUGAGACACAGGUUACCAGAAUAAAUAUUGUUAAACAAAGCUCAACUAAUAUUGAAGAAAUUUGUUAAUGAAACUUAUUUCAUUAUUUGUUUUGUCUUUUUAAAUACUCUAUGUUACUCUAUAAGUAUAUUCACAACAUAAUACAGUUAUCAAUUGAUUCUCUGCUUUAGCAAUCAGAAUACUGUGGAUGUUUUCUUUAUUGAUCUGGGGCACACAGAGAUAGUGAAACGUGAUCAAGUUCAGUCAAUAAACCAGAAGCUAUUUGAUUUCUUGCCUGCUCUAGCUAGGAGGGUGGGUUUAGCAGGCAUCACACCGGUAAGGCUUCAUUCCCCUCUAUUUCUUCCUUAAGUGAAUCUGAUAAAAAAUGCAUGUAAGGCGUGUUUUUAUUUUUUAAAUUAUUAUUUUCCUUGUACAAAAUAGAUAUUAAAUAUUACUUCAGUUUCACUUUUACCAUAAACAACAUCAAUUUAAAAACCAAUAUUUCUGAAAUAGAAUAAAACAAAUGUUCUAAUAAUGACAUAAAUACCAGACUAACAUACAAAAAUCUAAAUACAAUGUUUUAAAAUAUAAUGCAAAAUCUUUUAAUAAAGUAUUAUUUUUAUUUCUGUAAUUAUUUGUUUAUCUAUUGAUCAUUAGUUAUCCCGCAGUUGGACAACCAGAGCAAUAACUUACUUUGAGAACCAAGUUCUAUUUAAAGAUGUUGUUGUAUCAGUGUUAGGAUAUGAUGAGGCUGAAGCUUACGGAGAAGUUUUCAUUUAUUUAAAGUAAGUUAUUUGUUACAUAAAAAGUAUAAAAAAUAGUGUUAUUUUCCAAUGUUUUCUCUACAUUUUCGGGUAACUGAGAAUUUACAACUUUUUUGCUUGGAUGCUUUCAAAGUUAAAUAAAAGGGCUCAUAGAGUAAUUCUAUCUUAUGUAUGAUAUCUUAUUUAUGGAUAGCUUACCGCCCAAAAAGAAGUAGACACUUUUUUAAUCAAGUUUAUAUUUGGUUUUAAUUUUUUUUCAUGAUUUUGGAAAGCUUAUUUCAAUAUUGUUUUUACACUCAUCUUAUUUUUGUUAUCCCUUUAGAUCAGACAAUGAGAACUGGAUAUCACUUACCAAUAAAAUGAUUUCAGAAGAGUUAGGCUCGGUGAGUAUUAUAGUAAAAAAAACAUUAAAUUGACUCCAAUAACUAAUUGAACAAAAUGUUGAAGAAAAGAUUGGUUACAAAAUAUUGAAUUUAUUUACAGGCAACAGGAUCUGACCACCCACUGGUGUUAAGCCUAGAGGAAGUGGAAAACGGUACGGUUUAUCUUGUAUUGAUAUGAAUUGUAAUAUUAAAAAAAUAAUAAUUAAUGGAAGUGUAUACAAUGUACAAUAGAAUUUCAAAUAAGGAUCAAACUUUGUGUCAUGGUAAAAAUAGCUACUACCUAUUUUUAGCUAUUUCAGGGACCACAAGAAAAUAAAUAGCAGUAAAAUUAUAAUUUUUCAAAACUGAACAAAUUGUAAACACAUAUACCGGUAAUUAAUUUUUUUAAUGUUUGGACAAUGUUUUGGUUUUUUUUACAUUAAAAGUUUUAUUUUCCUUAGGUAAUGUCUAAUGCUUAAUUCUUUGUUCUAUUCUCUGGUUGAUAUUAAAUGGAAAUACAGAUCUUGAAAGAUCCGAGGAGUUACAAAGACAAAUAAGCCAAGUAUCCAGAGAAAGUCCCUAUGAAGAUUAUGAAGCUCUUUCGCUCCAACAAGAUGUUGACAGUAGCGAAAAUAAUACCUGUCAAAUAAGUGAGCAACCCUCACAACUCCUACUCUCACCAGCUGACUUUAUGUCUUUAACACAUUUGGAGAAUAAUUCUCUGGUAAGUUUUGCUUAUUAGCAUUUACAUAAUUGAUAUAUAGGGUCCUCAAAUUAAUUUUUGGGUAGCACUCUCAAGUUCUUUGUUGGCACAGGGUUCUUGAACUCAUUGUUUGCUGGUUGUUUUAAAAAAAUUUUAACUUUACAAUAGUAACCCAUAAAAGAAAACCGACCCAAAAUAAACUAAGCUCCAUCCUGUCAAAACUGAGUGUACCAAAGAUCUUUCAUCUGAUUUGUUGACACAGUCAAACGUGUUUAUUGUGCUAUAUAUUUUUAAAAUAGUGCAUUUGUUUGAUUUGAUUUUUGUUGGCUUGUUUUGUUUUUUUGCAUACAUGCUUACUGCUGUGAACUAGAUUUAGGAGCGUCAAUGUUUGUUAUGAAAAGUUGUUGAUUGUGAGAGCGUUUUGGGAGGUCGAGAUCGUGGGGUUUGUUCAUGGGUUUGAGUAUUUAGGGGAUGCAGAGUGUUCAUUGUGGGGAGAGUAAGAAAGGAGUUAAAAAGUAUAGAUAGAGGAAUCAGACUGAGAGAGAACGGUCAUGAACUGGGACUGAAGUGUUAGUCGUCUGAGUCUUAGAGUUUCAAAUUUAACGACCAUCAAGUUGUUGUUAUCUGUUCCUUGGAAACCACUUUGUUUACUAUGAUACCAUUUGUGCAAUUCGUGAAUAAAGAAGAAGGAAAUCGGAGAGUGCAUCAGUUAUAAUAAUACUUAAAAGGCCGUAUAUGGCAAAAAAAAUCUUUGAGAAAUUGAGACAACGAAGUGCCUGUCAGAAUACACUGGGAGGUCAUAACAUUGGAAGAUCUUUACGUAGGAAUUUCAUAACACUUAACACAUGAAUGUCAUUAAUACCUAAGUUAGCUGUCGCUGCUUUUGUUUGCAUCAAAAACUAUUUUUGUUGUCUAUUUGAAUGGGAAUUUUUCUUUGUGGAAAUUUUUCUCAGUAUGCAUACAGAUUUUUUUAAAAAUAAUUAUCAAAUUACAGCUUUAAACAUGGAUAAACUUGUGAAAAGAUAGUACAAAGAAAGGUGAAUAUAUUCAGUAACAAUUUUUAUAAACUGGUGAUGAAUCUGCUCCAAAACCUUAGUGUAUAAUUUGUAGUGAUCAACUUUCUAACAAAGCUAAUGUCUAUAGCAAACUUAUUUGCCAACUAAAAUCAAAACCUUGUGCCAACAAUGAUAAAGAAUAUUCUCAACCAGUUUCAGUCAAAACUUAAGCAAAUGCAAAACAUUUCCUUUAGAACGUUUAUGACAUGGCGUUAUAAGCUAGUUAUCAAGUUUCAAAUUGAAAACACACCAUAAUAAAAACACAUGCUUUCGGUGAAACACCUAUUAAAGCUGCAUGGAGGCAAGGAUAUAAAAUUUUAUAAAUAUAUAUAAAUACAUUUCGUAAUAUUAUAAAUCAGUAAUAAUCGGCAUCCUUCCGUCUCGUGAGACGGUGGUGCAUCACCGUUGGGUUGGGUUGCAUUUUCUCGAGUGGCUGUGCAGUCCUAUCCUUGAGUGACAGUUUUUACCACAGUUUUUACACACGAGUUCCGCGCUUCCAAAUGUUUUGGCCUUUCUCCUAGCUCUUCUGUCUGCAGCCUCUUCCAUUCUUCGCUCCUCGGCUACCAUGACGCCCUCUUUGACAACUGUGCGCCACGUAGAUCGGUCUUUUGCCUUACACUCCCAGUCACUUGUAUGUAUUUUGGCUGCUUUCAUGUCCCUUUGACAGACAUCUUUAAAUGGCAGACGUGGGCGACCUGUUUUCCUCUUUCCAGAAGCAAGUUCACCAUGUAGGAGGUCUUUCGGAAUGCGGCCGGGACUCAUUCUUUUAACAUGACCUAGCCAUCUCGGGCGUCUUUCACUAAGGAUUGUGAACAUGCUUUGGGUAUUCGCACGCAUUAGGACCUCACUAUUAGUCACUUUUUCUUGCCAUUUAAUACCAAGGACGCGACGCAGGCAUCUCAUAUGGAAGCUAUUAAGCUUGCGCUCUUGGGAUGUAUAGGUGGUCCAUGUCUCGCUCCCGUAUAGUAGUGUACUGAUGACACAAGCUCGAUAGACGCACAGUUUGGUUUUCUCCGUUAGCUUGGUGUUUUGCCAGACCCGUUUAUUUAGUUUAGCCAUUGUGGCAGCUGCCUUGCCGAUUCUGCUGUUAAUUUCUUCUUCAAUGGACAGUGUAUUGGAGACCUUGGACCCCAAGUAGGUGAAGCUGUCCACAACCUCCAAGUUUUCAUUAUCGAUUUUUAUGUUAGGUGGAGGUCGAGUGUCUUGGUCCAUGAUGUUUGUCUUUUUCAAGCUGAUUUGCAGACCAAAUUCUUUGCAGGCAUUGGAGAAGCUUGACACGAGUUGUUGCAAACCAAUUUCUGUGUGUGCUGUUAGUGCCGCAUCAUCCGCAAAUAGUAGCUCGCGAAUUAGGACAUCUGUCAUUUUGGUCUUGGCUCGGAGGCGGGCAGUGUUGAAAAGUCCUCCAUCAGCUCUGGUGUGUAACCAGAUUCCCUCACUGCUAUCCUAUAUAUCAGUAAGCUAAGGAAUAUUAUUUGAAUUUUAAAAUGUUAUGAAUUUUCACCAAAUUCUUCGCGGGCUGCAAAAUGGGACUGUAUGUUGUGCAGGCCUGACAUAGAUGAAUCUUCCAUAUAUAUAUAGAACAUUUGAGUUCAUAAAGAAUUAAAGAAUAAUGACUGUCCAUGAAUCAUUUGAUAAGGUUAUGUACUUUUACGCAGCAAAUGAAAAGGUUGAUAGCAAGACAGUGCUGUUGAUAAUGAACUGUAUGUAGAUGUUCGUGAAGAAAACCAUAAUCUAGGAGUUUGUUAUAUGUUCAAUAUAGUUGACAAGAGGCUGAGCCCUAAGUUUGGACUUAAAUGAUCAAAGAUGUCGAUGUUGACAUAGAUCUUAGCUUUCUGGUUGGGGUGAUUUGAAGAUGUUGAUUUACUUCAACUCCUGGGCAGAUGAUCAAAGUUGAGCUUAUCUGCAAGAAUAUUAAAAGAAUCAAUUUUCCAAAUUUGAAUAAUUUUCAAUAGACACAAUUGACCAAUAAGGCUACAGAAAAAAAUUAAUAUAUUUCCAAAAUAAUUAAAAAUAAAAUAAUGACUAUAUGUACAAGUAACUAACAUGAAUUUUAUUGUUACAUUGAAAUGCAAUAGCAUCUAUAUUCAUGCUUCAGUGUCGGUUUUGUUGUCACUAAGUGCAGAUGUACGGCAAUGGAAGUUAGAAACUGACAAGUAAAUACUAUAGCUUAAAAAGUAUUAAACCUCUAAAGUUGUAUUUGAAAUAACAACACAAGUUUUUGAAAAACUGAAAAAGUAAAAAUUAAAAUUCCGAUUGAAAGAUGCGACUGAGUGAAAUAAAGGUUGCUAUAAUUUUCAAACACAAUUUUUACUGAGCUCUCAAGCUUAUUUUACUUUCACCUACUAUGCAAACUUAUAUUAAGGCCUCUUGGAAUUCUUUUGAGCUUGCCUUCAAAUGCUUACCAUUGUUACUCAUUUAGUCUUCCUUUUUCUUCUAUGAUACUUCUUAAAUUCAGUGCACGUCUUGAAGAUGAAAGGUAUGCCUAGAUUUUCAUUUUAUGUAAUGGAAUUUUAAUAUUAUUAUUUCUAUACAUAAUGUUCUGCUACUCAGUUCUAGAUUCUAUAAAAAUGCAGACAUAAAAAUGAAAUUCUUAAACUAGUUUUAUGUAGAAUGCUCUUUGUUUUAAAAAGUUAUUAUUAUUUCUAUGUCUAAAAGGCUCUAACCCAUUCACCAACAUUUGACAACAAUAAUUUAAAGCAUCCAAAGUCCAUCUCACCGACUAAUGUCCCACAAUUUGACUUUGGGAGUUUAAAGCAGACAAAGUCCAUCUCACUGUCUAAGAUGAAGGAGGACAUAGAAUAUGAAAUGCAAACCAAUCAAAAAACAAAACUGGAGCUAGAAAUAGCUGGCUGUGAACCUGGGAGCAGUAAAAACUCUAUAAUUGACUGGGGUAGGUUGUAAAAUAAUUUAGCACUAAAAUGAAUAUUGUGUAUAUAUAAUUUCGCUGUUAAAAAGCCAAGACAAAAAAAAGUUUGAUUUAUUUUUUUAUCUUUUCUAGAUGUAUUUUUUUCAAAUAGUAUUUUGUUAAACUUUCUUAUUGUUAUUACAUACCAUACCUUUAAUAGAUAUAAAAAUAUUUAGCUGUGAUUGAUUUUAAUUACUGAAGUGUUUAAAAUAUUUCAGUGUAGUUAUUUUACCUUUACUUUGCCUUAGUUUUAUGAAAAAUAUUUAGUUUUCAUUUGGGUACAUUGUUUUCAUUUACUCCAGAGGUUCUUAACCUUUUUGCAGCGUCGCAUCUCCUCUUGAUUUCAAAACAUUUCUCACACCCCCGGCUGCAAAACAUAUUUGCCGCACCCCAUGAUUAAAAAAUGCUCAUGAAAAUGCAAAUAAAUCUGAUUCUCUGGGUAUUUUCCACUGCCUCCUGCACCCCCAAGGGAUAUAGGCAUCUCUGAUUAACAAUCCCUGAUCUAAUAAAAUAGCAAUAUGAUAACAGGUUAAACACAUUUUUUAAUGCAGCUUACACCUUUUACAUUGAAUGAUAUGAUUUUUAUAUUUGGCCAAGAAAUAAAAAAACAGCAUAAAAUAUUUACUCUCCUAAUGGUUCAAUAAUUGCUAACAAAUUGAACUAAAUUCAAAGGCAGGUCUGACUUGCACAUUGGACAGAGGACAUUUACUGAUGUUAGUGAAGACAUCAGCAGAGAAAUACACAAAAACCUCCCUCAUGCAUCAGAUGAAAAUGAGCUGAAAGAAUUUUUUCAUGGUAAGUUUUCUUUGGUAACCUAAAAUGGUGUGUUUAAAGGAAAUAUAAAUGUUUUAAAAAUUUAAUUAUAAACUCAUUGGUUUAGUAUUGUCUCAUCUAAGAGAGGGAGACUGAAUUGGUAAUUUAAAAUCAAUAAUUUCAAGUACACAUACACUUAGUGGACUUAAAAAAUUCAUUGUAUUUUUUUUUUUAAAGCCUUGAACUUGAAACAAUUUUUAUUUUAAAACAGUUAUUUUUAAAUCAUAAUUAUAAUUUGAAAAAAAAAAAUCAUUGCACAGACAUACCAAAGGUGGUGAAUGAACCAACAAUAAAAAGCUCACCUCUCCCAAUAGCUAGCAAAGGGUAAGUUUUUUUAAUGAAGUUUUGAUUUUUUUUCUAACAGUCACAGAACACUGUCUUAGUUAAUUACUCUCUUGUUGCUUAAACAGUGUAAAUGUAAAUAAAUUUAAUUUUAUUGGUAUUUGUCUUUUUUUAUUUUUAAUAAGUCAAUUAAAAAUUUUUCCAGGCAACCUGAACACAAGUCAUGUUAUAAUGAAGAAGAGGCUUAUGACCUUCAGAAAAAAAUUUCAGAGGUAGGCUAGUCAUAAUUUAAAUUUUUUUAUCAUUGUGUUUUAUUCAUCAUUUAAAAAUCUUGCAUGCUUUGAAUAGAUACUGUUUCAAAUACUUUAUUGUUAUCAUAUUAGCACUAGAGAAUAUGCCUAAAGAUAGAGUUAGAUAUGUAUUAUGUAUUACUUACUCUGUUACUCUGAAGUCUUGUUAAAAGAAGGACCAAUUUACUUCACUCUAUUCUAUCAUCUAUCUUUUUUUAUAAUCCAUGAUUUUGAACUUUAUCUUAUACUUUCCUGACAGAUUUUUAGUCAGCCAGCAGAUGAAAGCAUUAUUUGUGCUAUGGUUCACAGUGUUUUAGAACCUCGUGUUGAUAUGUCACAUGACCAAUUGACUAUAGUAAUAUCAGCAAUUUUAGAAUGGUUGAUUGCUGAGCCUGAUCUAGAUGAAAAGGUGGCCCUUUUUGUACUAAAAACUUAUUCAGGUAUAUGAAAAAAUAACAUUUAUUUGUGUUUUGUUAGUAUUUUAUGUUGUUUUUUUUUUCCUAAUCAAAUGAAAAGUAUUUUUUAAACAAAGAAAAUCAUUAAUUAUAAUAUUUAUUUUAACUCAAAAACUAUUGUAUUAACAGAUGCCAAACCAUUUAAGUUCGUAAUUUUGGAAAGCCUUAAAAAUCUUAAAGACAGAUUUGUGAAGGUAAGAACCAGCUUAAAAGUUAUAUUAAUAUACCAAAAAAUAAUAUGUAAUUGAAAUUUUAAAACCAUUAAUUUAACUGAAAAAGUUUCAAUCUUUAUGCUAUUAUGCAUUUAAAUAUCAUUUAAAAAUUUUAAAUAUAUUGAAGAAUUUUUUUUUUUCCCUUUUGUUUCUAAGGUGUCCCAAUCUAUAAGGUGUUCAGGACACUAUAAAUCGUUUGCACAAGUUCUUGCUAAGAUAUUUAUUUGGGUUGAAGUGUUGCCAUCAAGGUAUGUCAUUUUUAAUGUAUAUUUAUACAUAGCUAAAUUUAAAAAUGGUUUGAAUGUAAUCUUUCAAUUACGAUUCUAAGGUUUUAGAAAGAGCGUAUUUUAACCCUUUCUUCACCUAUGAAAAAUAAAUGAAGAGUAAAAGAAUGUCAAAUGUUGAUCCUCUGACCAAAGUUGACCAGUACUUUUGGGAUUAUGGGAAAAUGAUAAACUGCGCCAUUUAAGUUAGUUACAUGUUUUGUUUGCACUUUAACUUUCAGUUUAUAAUUGGAGCUGAAAUAACUUGUUAUUAGAUUUGGGGUUUGGUCAAAACUGUUUUGAACUAUGAUCAAUUCCUGGUUUGGUUGAAAAUGUGAUCAUAACUGUGAUUCGGAGCUAUGACUGUUUAUAUCGCCUUGUGGUUAAAGACAAACAAUUUUGGUUUGCUAUUAUUUGCCUGUAUUUUUAUCAAGUGGUUUUCAAAUAAAUGUACUUAUCAUUGACAUACAAAUAGUUACUUGUCAAGUUUUAUUUUAACUUUUCCUGUUAUUUUUUCUACAACACAUUGUUUUAUAACAAAUACACAUAGCAUUUCAAGGAACCUUUUUUGUUCCUUCAGCAUUCAUUCAGAUGUACAAAAAUAUGCUGUUACGCUAAUGGAACGAUGGAUAGUUUUUAAUAAACAGGUACGAUUUACUCAGUGCAAAAUAAAAUAGGUCAAAAAUGUUGGAUGGGCAUGGAACUCACUGGUUAAUAUGUAGAAAUAAUUGUUAGCUAGAGCAUUUAAUAUUACCUACCAAAAGUUGAAUUGCUGGUUUAAUGUCUCCUUAAAGUGCUUCAUACAUGAAGCAUCAAUCUCAUCAUAGUUUAUUUAGGGUGUUCAUUAUUUGACCAACCAGCUUCUCUUCUCCCUGCAUCAUUUCUUUACCCUUUUUGCCAGCUGCUAUUUUUUAUUUAUUGUGUCCUCUGAAGAUUUUGAAUAUUAAUUUGAAUUAUGCUUCAUUAACACUUCUGUAACAUUUCAUCUUACUUCUCAAAUGUAGAGAAAACAGGAUCAGGAGUCGUUUCUUAAUGUGGAGAUGAUGUACUUGGAAUGUGUGGAUGUAUUUAUGAGCUGCACACAAAGUCUCUUAGUUGACAAGUUUCAUGAACAAUAUCUAAAUCUUAUUGAAGAGAUGAAAGAGAAACUGCUUAAUGAUUUAACCUGCAGGUAAGCAAAAUAAACUUGUUUGAACCUGCUAUCUAGAAAGCUAGUAAUAUCACACAAACUAAACAUCCUUCACUUGAAAAACAAUUUCAAGAAAAAACGCUGUUUUAAAAUGAUGAUACAUCCAUCCCACCCACUUCAUCAUUGAUACCUAAGAUCAGCUCGAUCAGGGCGAAUUAUUUCUCUUGAAGUUAGGACCGAAAGAUAUGAACAUUAUUUUGUCUCCCAAUCUGUAGGAAUUUACCAGGGGGCUUCCCCAGUUAUUACCAAAUGUAAAUGAUCACUAAUAAAGUCAUUAUUUUCACUAAAGGAGUUCAUCUAAGGCUUAUUCCUAUGCUAGAGAAAUUCUUUUAAUUUUAGAAGUCUUGUGUUCAAAUUGUUAUAAUUGUACAAUUUUGUUAUGGUUUAAAGUAUUUUGCUGAAAGUGAAUAUAAUAAUAAUAAUAAUAAAGUUCAUUUUAAAAAAAACACGCUUCAUCCCCAAAGGCUCGAAGCGCGGUACAAAGUCAACAAAAACAUAUCUAUAAUUCACCACAUUUAAAACAAACACAACACUACAAAAACUAAUUACAAGCAUACAAUAUCAAAGACUUUCUAGCCAUAAUAAUAUGUACAAUGUAUUAAAAAAAAAACAUUGCCAUUAAUUUAUUUGGAUCAAUAAAGAAUCUUAUCUCAUCUUUUUAUAAAGUAAAUUAAAACAGAUUUCCAGAAGAAAAUCAUUUUUUUUUAAAGUAACAAGCUGUUUGCAAACAUGUUUAGCAACUCUUGUCUAUUGGGAAAGGACCCUGACCAUUUUAAAAGUAUAACUAAGACUAUCAACACUACUAAAUACAGGUAUCCUUAAUAAUAACUAUUAAUUAGUUCUUACAUAAAAUUCCAAAACCUAACAACAAUUAUUCAUGUCCUAUCAACAAUUCAUGUCCCAACUAUCAACAAUUCAUGAUCUAGCCACCAACAGUCCAUGAGGUAACUACCAACAGUUAAUGACCUAGCAUUAACAAUUCAUGACUUACCACAAACAAUUAAUGACCUAGCCACCAACUAUUCACGACCUAGCCACCAUUUUUUCAUGUCUAUCUAGUAGGCAGAGGGACUUAAACACAACAGUAGUAAUUCAUAUUUAUUAUGUGACCAAAAUAUCAUUGUCAAUUCUUACUUCAAAAAUCUUUCAAUUGCUUUCAUUGUGACUAUUCAUGAAUGGUUUGUUUUAUGAUCUUCUGAUUCUCUUUCUCAUACCUUUAGUAGACAUUUUCAGAAAGCUAUCUAUAAAGUUUAGACUGACAUCUCUCGUUUUUCAAAAAGUUAAACCAUCACGUUUGUACUAGUAGCUUAAUCCCUUCCUCAACUUAUUUUCAAGAAAUAGAUGGUAGUGUGUUAUUUAUUAAUGUUCUACACAUCUAUUAACAGGAAAGUACGAUCUCUGCUUCUGGAUCUGUUGUUGAGGCUACACAAUGGUAAUCUCCCCUUACCUCAGGCUGUUAGACCAACCAGUGUUGAUGUUGCUACACAAACUUAUGGUAAGAUAAUUAAAUAGUUUCCAUAGAAUUUUUAGCAAAAGAAGUUUUGCUCCUUUGUUUAUUUAUCUUGUUUUUUAGGCUUAUCCUGGCAUAUGGGGUACAUUAAUGACUUACUUUUUGAGCAAUUUUAAAGGAAUUUAUAGCUUAGAAAGGUCUAAAGCAUAUUUGCACAUACCUUUUAUACUUUUCAUAAAGAUCCACUUUUGAAAUUUUGUUAAAAUAGAGCACCAUAUGAUGUUCAUUUCAAAAAAGUAUUUAUAUUCCUUAAAUCAGAUAGACACUACCAAACUAAGGACAAGGUAUCUGCAUCAUUAUACAGACCACCUAGGAGAAGCCACGCUCAAACUGCAGGUCACCCUGUCUUUGCUGAUGAUGACCAUCUUAUGUCAAAAGCACAGGAAAGCCUUAUUUACCCAAUGAAAUCAUUGAAAAGUUCAGGCUGUGAGAUGUCUUCUGAUAGCUCAGCACUAAGCCAAACCUCAGAAUGUGAGUAUAAAAAAAGGAUAGUUCCCAAAUCUGUGCUGAAGAUACUAGGACUCCCUGCUGGAGUAAAAAUGGAAAACUCUCAACCCUCCAAUGACUGUUUUGCUAAACUCAUCAAGGGGGACACUGAUGAUGAAACCUAUCUUAAAGAAAAUGAAAAUCUAGAGGCCUGCGAGUUCAAUCUUCAACUAAAAGAGUCACUGCAAACAAAUUCAACCUAUGAUUCUGAUUCAAAAGAGAUAUCUUCCAGUGCAUCUCAGGGAUCUUCUGUUGAAAUUUGUGCCUCAAAUAAAUUUUUACCACAAACUCCUUCUAAUUCAGGAAAAUGGAAAAGUCUUUCUGAGCUAAUCCCACAAGGUGGUCUUUGGCCCCAGAAAUCAUCGGAGGCCAGCACUUCAGUUGAUCCAGAAUCUUUCAGUACCAAACUCCAGUUGAAGCAACCUGAAAUCAACUUACAGUGCUACAAGGCCAACCUGACUGGUGAAAGAGAGCAUACUUGUGAUUCUGAAAUGAACCAAAGAAACAUUCCACCAGUUCCCGAGUGGCCUGAGCAGUUCUUCACAAGUGUGGAAGUAGAUUCAAAUGUAACUGAGGAAACAAACAGUACUAAAGCUUCUCACCAAGACAAAGGAGUGAAACGUGGCAAAAAGACAAAGUCAAAAUUUGUGCCUCUCUCUGACUACGUAGGGGCAACACGGUCAAUGCAUGACGAGUGUAUCUUUGAAACUGGUCAGGAUCACAGUGAGGAACAUGAAGGAUUUUAUCAAAAGGAGAGAGAUGAACAUGCAAAGGUAAUUCAUUCCUCCAGGCCAGUAGCUGUUGGGGGUUCAAGUUCUAGUAAAAGGUCACUUUUUGAAGAACUACGAAAACAAAAUGUCAAAACAGAAAACAGAUGUUGGAUUCCUGAUAAGGUCCCCGUAUGCUCAUCAUGUAAAAAAGAGGGUCAUUUAAUCUAUGACUGCCCCAAUGAUGGUUACUAUCAAACCAAUCGAGAUGAUGAACAGUAUCUACUGCUAUAAUAUCUUUGUAAAAUUAUACAUCUAACAGAAUGCUCUAAAUAAUGGUCCAAAUAACAAGUAGUUUUGUAUUGUUUUCAAAAAAAAGCAACGUAUUCAGCAAAAGUGUGAAUAAUGUGAAAAUUUCCAUUGUAGCCUUGCAUAUCUUAUUUGUAUUCACUAAAUUAAAAAAAAAAAAAUCAAUUGUUCUAAUAAGUGAAUUAGAUUACAAGCUAAAAAUCAUGCAGAG